AUGAAGUUCGAUUGUGAUUUUACAAUGGGAAAAUAAGGUAACAUGUUUAGGAAUUUUUUAGUUUUGAAGUAAUUUACUCACCUAGUUAAAUCGAAAUGCAAAUAGGUCGAUUUGAUUUCAAUCACAUAUUUUAUCUUGAAAUAUGUGAUGCUUUUCCAGACCUCAUACCAUUAUAUGGUUUUGGUUUUAUAGUAAUUGUUUUUUUAGAUCAAGUUGAAGUGACUGUUU